AUGGCUACCUUCAUUGACUUUUCCUUCGCUGUCGACGCUGCUCGCGAAAGGCGCGUCAGGACUGAACGCCCCGCUGAGGCCGAGCGUGUUGACGCCCAGAUAGCUGCAGAAGAGCAGUGUCGCGAACAGGAGGCAGCGUUUCACCGUCAAGGGCUCAAUGAGCCGCACAGAUGUAAUUAUUCCGCUUCUUGGUAUUUUAUCAUGAAAUUGACUGGGGGCGCAGCAACGCUCGGCACUGACAAGUCACUGCCGCCUACACCAUCAGCCACGACCUUCUUUGCCGCACCACAAGCUGCAGACAUUGCGAACACCAAAGCGGAGCAAGUGCCUGCCCUGCCAAGGCUGGGUAGGCGGCAGAGAGCAAAGGAGUUUUUCCGUCCUGGACUGCGCAAGAAGCGCGUUGCAGAGGAGUUUGCGAUCAUGCAACUCAUCGCUCCAGAGGUAGAGCAUUCUGCUGAGGCGCCGUCACUGCCGGGCGCUGGUCUAUUGGAGCUCCGGGUGAGAGAGGAGAAGCCGUUAUAUAUCUCGCCCAUCGAAGAAGAGUUCGAUGCGGAUGUGACGCGAGCAGGUGAUGACGGCGAGAUCACCGCGCUGCCGUCACUCCCUGGCCACCGCUGUCGGGUCCGAGCUUGUCCUUGGAGAUUUCAGGAGCAAUUGGACGAGCCAUCAGCAGAAGACCUAGCUGACUAUGCGAUGGAUGAGGAUGAAGCGGCGUACGACGCUCCAGGGAAUCGACACCGAUCGAACCAGGACAUCAUCGACCUCAUCCGACGAGGCCACCGGGCAGCCACACAAGAUCGCGGCUCCCCCCGCCAAGUACCAGGACUUCCGUGCCCUGCUCGAAUCCCUCGGUAA